AUGAAAAAACAAGAGAUAUCUCUCUCUUCUUUAUCUGGUUUCCCUUCUCUGGGGGAGACGACAGCUCCCCGAUCCCCGCCGCCGCUCCCAGCAGGUGCUUGGGGGGUCCGAGCAGCAGCAGCAAAAGUUGCUGCUGCUGCUGCUGCUGCUGCUGCUGCUGCUGCUGCUGCUCGCCCCUCUGCAGCAGAGACAAAUACAAAAGCAAACACUUCUGAGCCCGAAAAAAGACAAGACGAAGACACAGCAGCAGCAGCAGCAAAAGAAGAACAAACAACAGCAGCAGCAGCAGCAGAAACAGCAGCAACAAAUUUAUCUCCCCGCCCCACAACCGGAGACAAACGAGACAGAACAAAGACCCCCCAUCAUCAGCAGCAGCAGCAGCAGCAGCAGCAGCAGCAGCAGCAGCAGCAGGAGGAUAUAUCUGGUGCUGCUGCAGACACAGGGGGCUCUGACGGGGCCCCCCGCAAGCAAAAAAGUAUCGAUAGAGAAGCAGCUGGGGAUCGGGAUCGUGUUGCUGCUGCUGCUGAGGAGGAGAGUGUGGGGUGUGGGGUGUGGGGUGUAUACAACCCCCCCCCUCCCCCCAGCACCACCACCACCCCCACCACCACCACCACCACCACCCCCAGGAGUAUCGAUAGAGAAGCAGCUGGGGAUCGGGAUCGUGUUGCUGCUGCUGCUGAGGAGGAGAAUGUGGGGUGUGGGGUGUGGGGUGUAUACAACCCCCCCCCUCCCCCCACCACCACCACCACCACCACCACCACCACCCCCACCACCCCCAGCACCACCAACCACCCCCAGCAGCAGCAGCAGCAGCAGCAGCAGCAGCGGUGGAGUGUAUGGGGAUAUAGAGGAGACAAAGGAAGCAUAUAUGCGUGA